AUGUGGCACUACGGUUCAGUCUCCCAGAACAUGAACAAUUACACUUUCUCCACAUACUACCAACACUCUCUUCCUGUUGCAGUUAUAUUCGUCUUUGCCUAUAUCUUGAUUUUCUUUGUAUGCAUUAUUGGUAACAUAGUCAUUUGCUUUAUUUUAUUAAAGAACAAACAGAUGAGGACUGUCACUAACAUUUUUAUUCUCAACUUGGCCAUAAGUGAUCUCCUUGUAGGCAUAUUUUGUUUGCCUAUUACCCUUAUAGACAAUUUAAUAACAGGAUGGCCGUUUGAUGUACUUAUUUGCAAGAUGUGUGGCCUGAUACAAGGAGCAACAGUGUCAGCGUCUGUGUUCACACUUGUGGCCAUCGCAGUGGAAAGGUGUCGAUGUAUUGUCUACCCAUUUAAACAGAAGCCUACCCAAAAACAAGCCUCCGUCACCAUUGCGUUCAUCUGGGCCCUGGCUUUCAUCAUCAUGUGUCCGUCUGCAGUGACACUGACUGUCUCCAGGGAUGAGUCCCAUUUCAUGGUGGACAGUCACAAUGAUACCUAUCCACUUUACGUCUGCUGGGAGGCCUGGCCUGAGAAGGGGAUGAGAAAGAUCUACACCACGGUACUGUUCUCCCAUAUCUACCUUGCGCCAGUCAUCCUCAUCAUCAUCACUUACGCCUGCAUUGCCCUCAAGCUCUUCAGACACAGAGUCUCCAGGAGGAAGAUCAGGGUCAUCCACAUGCUGAUAUUUUUGGCGCUGCUCUUCACCGUCACCUGGCUGCCCCUGUGGACCCUCAUGUUGCUGACAGACUACAGCAACCUUACCGUGAGCCAGCUGAACCUGGUGACAGUCUACAUCUUCCCUUUUGCACACUGGCUGGCCUUCUGCAAUAGCAGUGUCAAUCCCUUCAUCUAUGGCUACUUCAACGAGAACUUCAAGCGUGGGUUCCAGGCAGUCUUCAAGCUCCAGCUCUGUUGGUUUAAGAAGCGGAAGCAUUGCAAAGCAUCGAAGAGAAGGAUUGGCACCUUGAUACAUAACCAUGUUUUUGUAGAGGUCGAGCCUCACAAGUGUGCCAGUCAUGAAAACAGGAAGAGGACUGGUGUAGGUGGAAAAAAACUGAAUGAGCUUGUGCUGGAGGACCUUGAUUAG